GACAGCGGGGAGAUAUAGUGGGAUUUGGGACUGGACCAUUGUCACUUCACUUUUAAGGUGACAGAAGGCCAACAGUAAUUUCAAAUCAGCAUGAUAAAGGAGUUCCCAGUCCAAUGGUGAGUUGACUCUUGAAGCGUAACUUUCUCUAUGGGAUUCCUGGCCUGCGGUAAAAGUCUACCUGCUCAUUAAAGCGUCACUCUCUCUGUCUUACCUGUCUCAUGUUCACUCAUCCUCCCUCUCCACCCAUUCAUUCUCAAUCCCUCCACAUGUCUCCUCCCUCAUGACUGGGUCAUAUAUAAUGGUGAUGCCACAGGGAUUUCACUUCUCCUCAGGGACAUUUUAUGUGUGUUUCCAAUUUUGGCCCGGUGUUAUGACUGAGGAUCACCAGGAAUUGAGGAGCGGCACUUUAAUUGUUUAAAGUCAAACAUCAGGUGUCAAUGUCUCCGUCUUUGGCCAGAUCUGCUCCGAGCGAGCUCAACCAUUGGUGGAGCCAGCUGAGGUUUCGCCUUCAAAACAAGAAAGGAUGGAAUGAGAUGUUAGAUGAGACGUUUCUGCUCUAUACCAAACACAUAAAUGACAUUCCUCUCUUCUAUGCGGCUAAAAACAACAGUGUUGGUUGCAUUAAGAAACUACUAAGUUGUGCAUCCACCAAUAUCUUUGAGAGAGGUGCUCUUGGUGAGACAGCACUUCAUGUUGCAGUCAUGAACGACAACCUGGAAGCUGCUGUGGCUCUGAUGGACGGAGCUCCCGAACUCAUCAAUGAGCCCAUGACCUCCGAGCUCUUCCAAGGUGUCACUCCUCUUCACAUCGCUGUGGUGAAUCAGAACAUCAAUCUGGUUCAUCAUCUGAUUAGUCGUGGGGGUGAUGUGGCUACACCUCGAGUCACUGGUCUGUACUUCAGAAAGAGGAUAGGAGGACUCAUAUACUACGGUGAGCACAUCCUGUCUUUCGCAGCAUGUGCUGGGAAUGAGGAUAUUAUCUCCAUGGUAAUCGACGCAGGGGCCAGCACCAGGGUCCAGGAUUACCGUGGAAACACUGUGCUUCACAUUUUGGUUCUGCAGCCCAACAAGACGAUAGCGUGCCAGGCCAUUGACCUGAUUAUGGCACGCGAUGCAGAGUUGGACCAGUCAGUGCCACUUGAUAUGGUGCCCAACUAUCGAGGCCUUACACCUUUUAAACUCGCUGCCAAAGAGGGAAACACUGUGGCGUUUCAGCACUUGGUUAAUAAAAGACGUUUAGUCCAGUGGAGUCUGGGCCCUUUGACCUCUUACUUGUAUGACCUAACGGAGAUCGACUCGUGGGCAGACAACAUGUCAGUGCUGGAGCUCAUCGUGGGCAGUCAACAGAGAGAGGCAAGAGGGAUACUGGAAGUGACCCCUGUGAGGCAGCUGGUUAGUCUGAAGUGGAACCUCUAUGGAAAACAUUACUUCAGGCUGCUGCUUUUGCUCUAUCUUCUCUACAUCGGGACCUUCACGCUGUGUUGUGCAUAUCGCCCUCUGAAGGAUGCUCCGGAGAACUACACACAGUCGGACAUGGACAAAACCAUCCGGGUCCAGAAAACACUCGAUGAGAGUUACGUGACAUAUGAGGACAACCUGCGGCUGGCAGGCGAGAUCAUCAGCGUCCUGGGAGCUUUGGUCAUCCUGUUGCUGGAGAUCCCUGAUAUACUGAGAGUGGGAGCAAAGCGUUAUUUUGGCCAGACAGCACUGGGAGGCCCCUUCCACAUCAUCCUUAUCAGCUACGCCUGCCUGGUGGUGCUGCUGUGUGUGUUCAGAGCCUGCGAGGUGGAGGGAGAGGCUGUGGUGAUGGCAUUGUGUUUAGUUCUCGGCUGGAGCAACGUCAUGUUCUUCGCCCGAGGUUUUGAAAUGCUCGGCCCUUAUGUCAUCAUGAUACAGAAGAUUAUAUUUGGAGACCUGACGAAGUUUAUGUGGCUGAGUUUCAUUGUGCUCAUUGGUUUUUCCACCUCCCUCUGGAUGGUGUAUAUGACCCAGGAGCCCGAGUCCAUUCCUGCAUAUCGCUCCUUCCCAAUCACCCUCUUCUCCCAGUUUGAGCUCAGCGUGGGCCUCAUAGAUCUGCCCGUGGACCACACCAUCACCACCCCCCCGAUCGUCCAUGUGCUGCACUGUACCUUUUCUGUGGUCUCCUACAUCCUUCUGCUAAAUCUACUCAUAGCCAUGAUGAGUGACACACACUGGAGGGUGGCACAGGAGAGAGAUGAGCUCUGGAGGACUCAGGUGGUGGCUACAACUCUGAUGCUGGAGAGGAGGCUGCCUCGCUGCCUGUGGCCUCGACUCGGAGUGUGUGGGCUCAACUACGGUCUUCGGGAGCGCUGGUACCUCAGGGUUGAGGACAGAAACGAUCCCAUGUUCCAGAAAAUGCGACGUUACAUCAAAGCUUUCUCCAAAGACGAUGAAAAGGAAGAGAAGAGUGACCCAGUAAAGGGGUCGAUCUCAGGAACCCCCAAGCUCAGAGCUAAAAACAAAGGAGGGUCUAACAACAGGAAGUCUCUGACAGGUUGGCAGAUGAUUCGCUACAGCGCUUUGGGCUUGGAGAUGGGGCAGGAGGAGCUAGAGGAGAACCAGGACAUUAAAUAUGUCUAGCAAGAAAUUCUAACUGAGCCUGAAGUGAAUUCCCUGAAGCCCUCCAUUAUCGUACAGCCUGAACAUUUGAAUGAGAUGUGAAGUGUGGAUGAAAGUCACAACAAUCUUGUAAGAUGAGGACUCCAAU